GCGAACGGGCACCCGAAGUGUGUGGCUCGCAGACUGCCUGACCUCUUAUCCCGUCACAGGCCUGCCUGUCUUCCCCUGGCAUGCGCCCGCCACCUCCACCUCCCCCAUCCCUUGUCUCCUCCUCGCCAGUUGCAUGUUGUUUGUCUCGUCCGGCCCCCCGUCCGUUCCGGUCGACCUGUCAACAGCCCACCGCAGCGGCCGACCCGACCCUGUCGCCGUCAUUGGCCGCCUUGCGCUGGGCCUGAUCCAUCUUUUCCCUCCCGCCCUCUGUUGGGGGUUAGGCGUCUGUGUGUGUGCGCUGUGUGUGGGUGUGUGGCCUUUCAACACGGCCGCUUGUUUUCUCUUUUGGUGACAGCCCCGCACAGCCAGCGGCGUCUUUUUUCUUUUUACCAUUUUUUUUAUUAAUUAUUUACCUUCCUAUUUAUUUUCUCUCAUCGGUUGGCAGCUUGCAGCAGACUCCUCGUCGACCGCUGCAGCCUCUCCUCGGGAGCCAUUUCCAGCUCGAGACGUUCCCUCUGCCAGGAGCUGCGUAGCCUCGGGGAGUGCCAGGGGGGUCUGCGAAUACUUAAAGCCGCACAGGGAGGAUAGGUUCUACAGAAGAAGAAGAAGAAAAACAAAGCUCCUGUUGCAUGUUCCUCCUCCCCUCGUCUAGGAGCACAAGGCUUUCGUCCAAGUCGACGACGUACCGGCGCGGUUCAAUUGACGCCAGCGAAAUCCUAGUCCAGUCAUCUGCAACCCGCGCUAGCUCCCCUUCCAACCUAACGCCUGCAACCUUGCCUCCUGCCUUACCCCAAUUGCCAACCUAGGUUCCCUGGGAUCCAACCUCCACCAUACUCCAUACCACAUUUUCGCCUUCCUAUCGAGAGACACGGACUGCAACAGCUUGACCUGGGGCGGCCGGUCCCACGCCUUGCUGUCAGCUACAUUCCCGCCGUCUUUUUGGAGCCGUUUCUUUUUUUGCGCCCAGACUACGUGCGUUUGUCAUUUGGAUAACUCAGCCACCAGCCCGGCUCGUUGGAAGGCCAGCGACGACCCGAAGCUCGCCCCUUCGCGGCGCCCCUGAGGCCGCUGCUCUGGCUGUUGGCGCUCGCCAUCGAAAGUCAAACCCCAAACUCACACGCCGUCGACUGAGAAGGCUAUCUUUUUCUUCUUUUUCUUCUUCUCGGCAACUAGUGUCGCGGACGGGCGAAACAAAAACUGUCCUGAAAGUCGCAUCCCCGUGGGGUCGGGAUAUCACAAGACCACCAUCAACAGCGGUUCGGGGUGGAGAGUCGCCUGCCCACCUCUGCCUCACAGCCUAUCUGCCAGUCUAGGUAGGUGGCAUUUGCACCUACGACGGCAACUUUUCUGGUAUUCUACCAACCCCGUCGGCUCGUGUGACACCGGACGUCACCGGCACCUACCCGCCGUGCUCCUGCCGCCGACGUCCGCCUGCAGCUUAUUUAUUGGCGCACUCCCUGGGUUCGCCUCGCGAGGAACCGUCCUCACCAUCAACCCGCAGGGGAGGCUCGCCGGGACUCCCCACUUUUCAGCCACAUCCCUAGGUGGUCGUCUGUGCGGCUCCCCCAAGACGCCAUAUCCGCCGUCAUGGCGUCGAUAAUUAAGGGCCUCUACGACUGGCUGCUCAGGACUUUCUGGGCAACCGAGAUGGAUGUCACUAUGAUCGGACUACAAAAUGCAGGCAAGACAUCACUGCUUCGUGUUCUCUCGGGAUCCGAGUUCACGCUCGACACGAUACCGACUGUUGGGUUCAGCCUGAAAAAGGUGCAGCGAGGGCACGUCACAAUGAAGUGCUGGGACAUGGGCGGACAGGAGCGGUUUCGCGGCAUGUGGGAGAGGUAUUGUCGAGGGGUGACGGCGAUUCUGUUCAUCGUGGACGUCGCGGACUUUGAGCAAAUACCGGUAGCAAAGCAGCAGCUCCACGCCCUGAUGGGUAACGAGUCGCUCGUGGGCAUCCCGCUGCUGGUGCUGGGUAACAAGACGGACCUGGACGAGAAGCUGACGGUCGACGAGCUGAUCGACGCGCUGGAUCUCAAGGGGAUCAACACGCGCGAGGUAUCAUGCUACGGCAUCAGUGCCAAGGAGGAAACGAACCUGGACGCCGUCAUUCAGUGGUUGAUGAGGUACUCGAACAGAUGAGGGCGAGGGAAAGGACACGCGGGGGAUCCCGUUCCUCUGUCUCAUCUUUCCUGUCCUCCUCUUGGGCACGGCGUUCGUUCUUCCCUGUGUUUUUUGUCGUCCCCCUGCUGUGGCGUUAAUCCGCAUCUUCUCUUGGUUUGUUUCCCUUUCUUUCCCUCUCUUGUCAUGCCCCCUAUCCUUUUCUUUCGGCAUCGGACACACGACAGGCUCGACCCAGACGGCAGGGUCUUGGCGCAUGCCGCCAGCCUGCAGAAUCCCCGGACAUUGGAGUUUAACGAAGUUGAUGAGACACUGGGUAACAAGACGAUAUAAUGAAUGGCCGGCAACGACCUCAAUAAAUACCUAUUUUGCACCACGGCGCCCA